CGCUCACGGAACCCUCGCCCCGCCCUCAGCCAGGGGCCUUCUGUCCUCUGGGGCCCCGCCCACAGGGCCGCUAAGCCCCGCCCCUCAUCUGAGUCGCUCCUUGUCUGCUCGGGGGCGGGAGCCCGGACUCCUGGGUUCUCUCCCGGCUCUGGGGGGAGUGUGGGGGCCAGUGAUGAGAGCGGGGGGGAUGGGAGCCCGGACUCCUGGGUUCUCUCCCGGCUCUGGGAGGGGAGUGGGGGCCAGUGGUUAGAGCGGGGGGGGGAUGGGAGCCCGGACUCCUGGGUUCUCUCCUUGGCUCUGCUCUUGACACCCUGAGUGACCUGGAGCAAACCCCACCCACGUGUCCGUUUCCCCCUCUGCCAGGAGGAAGGUUUUGCAUGAAGUACGUCCCUGCAGCCCUGCUCAGAGCAACAUCUUGUGAUGUUUCCAACCCCCACGCUCCUCCACAUUGCACUGAUGCGUACCCAGCCCUCCUGUGAGCCCUGAGCACUCCCCCCGCCUUUGGCACGGAGAUACGUCCCCCCACUUGCUCACUCGGUCCGGAACAAAGCAGCCAUGGCUGAGGCUGUCCAUUACAUCCACCUGCAGAACUUCAGCAAGUCCCUGCUGGAGACGCUGAACGGGCAGCGCCUGGGCGGGCACUUCUGCGAUGUGACCGUGCACAUCCAUGAGGCCACCCUGCGGGCCCACCGGUGCGUGCUGGCCGCCGGCAGCCCCUUCUUCCAUGACAAGCUGCUGCUGGGCUACUCGGAGAUCGAGGUGCCCGCCGUGGUGCCCAGCCAGGUGGUGCAGCAGCUGGUGGAGUUCAUGUACAGCGGCUCUCUGGUGGUGGCACAGUCCGAGGCCUUGCAGAUCCUGACGGCCGCCUCCAUCCUCCAGAUCAAGACAGUCAUCGAUGAGUGCACCCAGAUCAUCUCCCAGAGCCGCAGCCCCAAGCCGCCCGCCGCUGCCUCCUCCUCCAUGCCCCUCGCAGUCCCCAGGCCGCUGACUGUCAAGCCCCAGGAGCAAACCAAGGAGAGCCCAGGUGCUGUCGGUCUCCCGGCCUCCCGGCCCAGUGAGAUGGAGCCCCCUGGCACUGCCCAGCUGGAGGCCCCCAAGCUGCUGUGUGCCUCGGAGGUGCGCUACAAGCUCCGCGACCUGCUCUCCUCCCAGCAGAGGCAGCUGGGGGAGGCCAGGGAGAGGACAGCAUCUGAGGGGGAACUGGCAACCGCCGGCAGCGACGGUGAGGGGCCCUACGGCGGGCUGCACCCGGCCGAGGCUCAGCCCAGCUGCCACAGCCGCAAGCAGCGCCAGCCGGUGCGGCUCCAGCUUUCUGACGCCUUGCCUGUCAUCAUCAAGGACGAGGAGGAGGAAGAGGAAGACGAGGAAGAGGAGGAGGGCGGGGGAAAGCUGAGCUGCUUCGGGGAAUGUGGUGGGGGAGCCUUCCCCAGCUGCAGUAAAGCCAAAGACACCGGGGGCGGGAGCGGCGCAGGCGGGGCGGGCAGGAAGGAUGGCGUCCAGCUAGACUAUCCCGCCGUGGAGGGGCAAGAUUUCUUCAGCGGGCAGGAUGUCUUCUCCGAGUCCUUCAUCCCGGCCUGGCAGAGCGAGGAGAGCGGCCAUGGGGCGGCCCGGGAGGGCGAGAAGUUCCGCGCCGAUUGCAGCCUGGAGGCCUCCAACAUGAGGACACUGGCUGGAGACUUCAAGCCAGCCCCGGCCAGCUUCCCAGCCCAGGCGCCCGAGCCCCGCGGCCUGGCGUUCGUCUCCUCCCUGGGCAUCCAGCGGGAGCUGAAAGCAGAGGUGAGCACCGCCGGACCCGGCACCACCACCACCACCAGCAUCUUCCAGUUCCACCUGCCGCAGCCUGGCGUGGCCCAGAGCUUCUACAGCGUCCAGCAGGAGGCCGGAGCCGCCAACAUGGUACAGCUCAGCCCCGGCGCCAUGGUGACGGGCUCCCUGCACGGCGAGCAGGCCCAGCGCCCGGGGCCUUCCCGCUGCUCCGAGCCAUCCUACCAGUGCAGCCACUGCCAGAAGACCUUCAGCUCCCGCAAGAACUACACCAAGCACAUGUUCAUCCACUCAGGCGAAAAGCCCCACCAGUGCAGCAUCUGCUGGCGCUCCUUCUCGCUGCGGGACUACCUGCUGAAGCACAUGGUGACGCACACGGGCGUGCGGGCCUUCCAGUGCUCCAUCUGCUGCAAGCGCUUUACCCAGAAGAGCUCCCUCAAUGUCCACAUGCGCACGCACCGCCCCGAGCGCUUCCAGUGCUGUAUCUGCAACAAGUACUUCUCCCACCGCACCCUGCUUGAGCGCCACGUGGCCACCCACACCGCUUGGAAAGCUGGCGAGCCCGACGUGGCCGGGGGCGCCUGGAAGGAGAAGCCCGACCCAGGAGAGGGUGCCAGCGUUGCCGCCUGGAAAGGGGACCCAGCCACCGAGGGCACCAUGGUGGCGUGGAAAGGGGAUCCGGGCGGGGAAGGCGCCAUGGUGGCGUGGAAAGGGGACCCGGGCGGGGAAGGCACCAUUGCGGCCUGGAAGGGGGACUCUGUUGCAGAGGGGGCUCUCCCCACCCAGCCCACGUGGAAAGGGGACCCUGCUGGAGAGGGCACCAUGCCAACCCACACGGCCUGAGAGAGUGGCCUGGCUGGAGUGGGCACAGGUGAAGAGGGGACCAAAGUGGGCCCAUCUCAGCCCAGCCAGCCUGGAAAGGGGCCCAGGCCGAGCACAACCCAUGUGCCCUGGAAAGAGAAGGCCUAGAGUAACCCACUUGGCUCAGAGAGGCAUCUGGGGUACCAGUUACUUUCCUGAUGCCCCCCCACCCCAGCCGGUACGACGUGCACUCAGGACCGACUGGCUUGGGCAAGUCCUGUUUUGAUCUCCAAGUUGAGUUCUCUCUCUGGGCUCAACUCCCUUCUGAGCCUCGCAGUGGGCCAUGCCUUGUGGGCAUUCCGUCCUCCCAGUCACACCGGUUGGGAGCAGUGCCGUCACCUCCAGCAGACCAUCUCUGAGCCAUGUGACAUCAUGGGUAGAAACCAACGGAAACCCUAGCAGUGACCAAAGAGUCUCUCCGGCUCCCUGGGGAAGGGACAGAAAGGAACUACACAGCUGUGGAGCCCCUAAACCUUCCUUUGUGAGCAGUUAUUUCUCCAUCUUCAGGAGUUCAGCGGUGGAUCAGAGUUCUAGCUACUCCCUGGCUACAGAAUCCCUCACUUGCCAUCAGCAUACUCCAGCAGCCCUCGUCAUUGCAAAAAGAAACUUCCCAACAUCUUUCUGAGUCUGCGGACAGCCUGAAACUUAACAAUGACUGUUUCAAUGUCGGCAUCACUAACUGCUGCUCUCCCAGUAGCUUUAACAGCAACAUCUAGCCAACGUACUUGUCCCACAAUGCCAAACAACUCCCCAAUUCUCCAAUUUCCCCGCUCACACCCCCAUUGUCCCCUAGGAACGUGUAUAAGACAGGGUUUGAAGAGCAGUGGUGCACAGAAAACGUAAGGCCAGAGUAACUAGAGUUCAAUAUAAAAUAAGUAACACGCUGACGAGGCAGUGAUGGCGCUGAUGAAGGGGUUGCCAGCAGCCGGUGAAUCCCUCCUUCUAUCUAAAAAUACUGCACCCAUAAGUCACGCCUGAGAGCACUGGAAGGAGAUUAAAGAGCAGAAGUGGGUGAAAAAAUUUUAACUGAACCUUUUUUCAAUGUAAAAUGCAGAUUUGGCCAUGCCACAAAGUUUCACAAAUUCGUGUCGGUUUCGCCAAACGGCUUUGAGGGGAAAAAAAUUAAAAAUAACAUUCUGAAAAAAUCAAAAUGUUUAAUUCGGACUUUUCGGGGGGGAGGGGGAAUCCUUUUGGUUCUUCAAUUUGAAAUCUCCUUGAAUUUUAUUUUUUAAACAGAAAAAUGCUCAAAACAAAACAUAUCCCUUUUUGGGGGAUUAAAAUGACUUGUUUCAAAAUUUCCUUUUAUUU